CGAUCAUGGACGACGUGCGAUACAACUGCGUCUCGGUGGCUUUGAGCCUCGGCUUCCUCCUCAACCUCGUGCUCAUGCCGUUAAAGGCCUACAUGAGCGAAGCGUCACCUUUCGAUGACAAGCAGUUUGCACUCGUCUCGGCCAACGCGAUUCCAACCGUCAACCAUACCGUCUCGAUGCUCUUUGCGAAAUCGCUGCAAGCGCGCUUCGCCAACGUCACGUCGCUCUUCACGUACGACGCAUCGCUAAGCGCCGAGAUUGUCCGCAAUGUGCUGCCCUACAACGCCAGCAACUGCGACGACCAGAUCCUCACCCGCAUCGAUGGCAGCAUCUACUGCCCGUACGACCUGCCAUCGAAACUCACAGCCUACCUUUGCGGCACGUCGUCGACGCCAAUCGCUAGAGUUGGCGCCGCCUACAUGAUGAGCGCGCCCACGGGCAUCUUUGCCUUCUGGUCGUCGCCGGGCGAUGUGACCAAGGCGGGCGCCAAUCCCUCCACCGUGACGACGAUUUCCUUCAUGUACGCGACUGUAAGCUACUCACUUUUCUGGCUCACGGCCAAGUUUUGCGUUCGCUUUGGGCUAAGUCUGCUUAUUGGCAUCGAAGCCUACCGCCUCUACUACCGCCACGUACGGACUCUGCGCCGACUGCUGCAGUCGCAUCGACUCCAUGCAACGCCCACGAACGUCGUGCGGUACGAAGUUGUGCUUGGCGAGCCCACGUCGCUCGUGGUGUGUCACCCGCUCGUCAUAGCAGUCUUUGUAAUCGACUUUUGGAGCAGCGUCGAAGUCGUGGCCCAAGCCAUUUUACGCGUGUCCCAGACCAAAGCCCUCUACUACACGGGCCUGGGCGCGAUGUUUCUAAGUCGGUCGGUCUGGUUUUCGUAUGCGACGCUGACGGCGUUGAACUGCUACCUCAAGUGGCGCCGCCGGGCCGCGCUCUUCCGCCCGAGCAGCACGACGGUCGUCGCGAUGGCGUCGUUCCUCUUUGCGGGUCUCUCGACCAACGCCCAAAACGCGUGGCUUCCGACCCUCUUGCUCUACACUCGCAUCUCCAAGCCACUGUACGAAGCAUCCAGCGACGGCGAGUACUGCACGACGCAGGUGCUUCCGGCGUCGAUCAUGUAUUCGGUCUCACUCUGCGCGAUUCCGUUUCUUUUGGCGAUUCCCCGCUUCACGCUCCGCCGGCUCCGGGACUGGAGGCACCCCGUGGCCAAGUAUACCCAGGUAGUAGGCGUCUUCUGCUAUUCGGCAAUCGGCAAGUCUCUCUAG